AUGGCCCCUUCUUUAUUUCUCACCCUUCUACUACUACUCUUCUCAACAAGCCAAUGUCGUGCAACUGUGCAAGAGAAAGAACCUGACCUAAUAGAGAAAUCCUGCGCAAUAAUUGUAGGAUAUGAAGAAUGUGUGACAAUUCUCAGAUCAGACCGUCGCGCCAUUAAAGCAACCAAUGUGAAAGAGCUAGCCUACAUCAUUCUCGAUCUCUGCAUAGCAAAUGCCACAGAGACUCUUGGAGAAAUCCCUAGGUUGCAAGAGAAGUACACAAAAGAUGGAAAAACUGAGGAAGCUCUAAGAAGGUGUGUCAUGGCUUAUGAGAGUGCUAUCAAAGAUUAUUUUUGCAAAGCUGUUCAGCAACUCGGUACUAAGUCUUAUCGUGAAGCACAGUAUUCAGCACAUAUUGGAGGAGCAUUGGGUACGAGUUGUGAACAGGAAUUUUAUUUCCAAGCACCAGAAAUUUCACCUUUGUGGUUCAGAAAUCAUGAUUUGGCAGUUCUUGGGCUUGUUGCAGAAGGCAUUGUUUCCCUUCUUCGUUUGCAUAAAUCAUAA